GGGCGGGGAGCAUGGGCGAGCCCUUCGGGGUGGCGGCCCCGGCGGCGGCGGCGGAGGGGGGCGGGGAGGGCCCGGUGCGCUUCGCCCGCAAAGGGGCCCUCCGGCAGAAGAACGUGCACGAGGUGAAGAACCACAAGUUCACCGCCCGCUUCUUCAAGCAGCCCACCUUCUGCAGUCACUGCACCGACUUCAUCUGGGGCUUCGGGAAGCAAGGUUUCCAGUGUCAAGUCUGCUGCUUCGUAGUCCAUAAGAGGUGCCAUGAAUUCGUUACCUUCUCCUGCCCGGGUGCAGAUAAAGGCCCUGCUUCAGACGACCCCCGGAGCAAACACAAGUUUAAAAUCCACACCUACUCCAGCCCGACCUUCUGUGACCACUGCGGCUCCUUGUUGUACGGACUCAUCCACCAGGGGAUGAAAUGCGACACCUGCAUGAUGAAUGUCCACAAACGCUGCGUGAUGAACGUGCCCAGUCUGUGUGGGACGGACCACACCGAGCGCAGGGGACGGAUACACAUCAAGGCCGACAUAGAAAACGAAGUCCUGACUGUUGUAGUACGAGAUGCGAGAAACCUAGUUCCAAUGGAUCCCAAUGGCUUGUCAGACCCCUACGUGAAACUCAAACUCAUCCCCGACCCAAAAAGUGAAAGCAAACAGAAGACUAAAACCAUCAAAUGCUCUUUGAACCCUGAGUGGAACGAGACCUUUAAAUUUCAGCUGAAAGAGUCCGACAAGGACCGGCGCUUGUCGGUGGAGAUCUGGGAUUGGGACCUCACCAGCAGGAACGACUUCAUGGGCUCUCUCUCCUUUGGGGUCUCAGAGCUGCAGAAAGCCGGUGUGGACGGCUGGUUUAAGCUCCUGAGCCAGGAAGAAGGCGAGUACUUCAACGUCCCCGUCCCCCCCGAAGGAGAAGAAGGCAACGAAGAGCUCCGGCAGAAGUUUGAGAGAGCCAAGAUCGGUCCUGGAUCCAAGGCGGCGGAGGAGAAGACGCUGAACGCCAUCUCCAAAUUCGACAACAAUGGGAAUUGCGAUCGCAUGAAGCUGUCCGACUUCAAUUUCCUGAUGGUGCUGGGCAAAGGCAGCUUCGGGAAGGUGAUGCUGUCCGAAAGGAAAGGCACCGACGAGCUCUACGCCGUGAAGAUCCUGAAGAAGGACGUGGUCAUCCAGGACGACGACGUGGAGUGCACCAUGGUGGAGAAGCGGGUGCUGGCCCUGGCCGGGAAGCCUCCCUUCCUGACGCAGCUGCACUCCUGCUUCCAGACCAUGGAUCGCUUGUAUUUUGUGAUGGAGUACGUGAACGGAGGCGAUCUCAUGUACCAGAUCCAACAGGUCGGCAGAUUCAAGGAGCCCCACGCCGUGUUCUAUGCCGCGGAGAUUGCCAUCGGACUCUUCUUCCUCCAUUGCAAAGGCAUCAUUUACCGGGACCUGAAACUUGACAAUGUGAUGCUGGACUCUGAGGGACACAUCAAGAUUGCGGAUUUCGGCAUGUGCAAAGAGAACAUCUGGGAUGGGGUCACCACCAAGACCUUCUGUGGCACUCCAGACUACAUUGCUCCUGAGAUAAUUGCCUACCAGCCCUACGGGAAAUCAGUGGACUGGUGGGCCUUUGGAGUCCUGCUCUACGAAAUGCUGGCCGGGCAGGCGCCGUUUGAAGGGGAAGAUGAGGACGAGCUCUUCCAGUCUAUCAUGGAGCACAAUGUGGCCUACCCCAAAUCCAUGUCCAAGGAAGCCGUGGCCAUCUGCAAAGGGCUCAUGACGAAGCAUCCGGCGAAGCGCUUGGGGUGCGGCCCGGAAGGGGAGCGGGACAUCAAGGAGCACGCUUUCUUCCGCUACAUCGACUGGGACAAACUUGAACGGAAAGAGAUCCAGCCGCCUUUCAAGCCAAAGGCUUGCGGACGGAACGCUGAAAACUUCGACCGGUUUUUCACCCGCCACCCACCUGUCUUAACACCACCUGACCAAGAAGUCAUCAGGAACAUUGACCAAUCAGAAUUUGAAGGAUUUUCCUUUGUUAACUCUGAGUUUUUUAAGACUGAAGUCAAGAGCUAAGUAGCCACUGUAGACCGUCCUCCAUUCACCCUCGCCUCAUCCCCGUGACCCUUCAGCCCCUGCCGCUCUUGUGGUGACCUCCUGCCUUGCUUUCAAUUUCUUUUUCUG